AGUUACUCCGCCUCCACUUCCGGUAAUUUUCAGCUGAAAGACUUCCUCGAAAAUUUACUGAAUUUUUCCAUGUUAUAGAGGAUAAUGGCUAGAGAAUAUGAUCAUUUAUUUAAACUGUUAAUAAUUGGUGACAGUGGUGUUGGAAAAAGCAGUUUGCUGUUGAGGUUCUCUGACAAUACAUUCUCAGGGACUUAUAUUACGACUAUAGGAGUAGAUUUCAAGAUCCGUACAAUAGAUGUGAAUGGGGAGAAAGUAAAACUACAAAUCUGGGAUACUGCUGGUCAGGAGAGAUUUAGAACUAUCACAUCCACGUACUACAGAGGUACCCAUGGGGUGGUAGUGGUAUAUGAUGUUACCAGUGGAGAAUCAUUUGCAAAUGUUAAAAGAUGGUUACAUGAAAUUGACACAAAUUGUGAUGUUGUCAACAGAAUUUUAGUUGGAAACAAAGAUGAUGACCCAGACAGGAAGGUUGUAUUGACACAAGAUGCACAGAAAUUUGCAGAACAAAUGGGUAUACAGCUGUUUGAAACUAGUGCCAAAGAAAACAAAAAUGUAGAAGAGAUGUUUGUUGCAAUUACAAAAUUAGUUUUACAAACAAAAAGAAACAGAAGCGGCAGGGACCACUCAAGACAGAAACGAUGGACACCCGGGUCAACCCAACAAAAGUCAAAGCUGGCAAGUUGUUAA